UUAUCGUCAAAAACUCACUUCAUCGAUUUCUCCAUUCACUCAACAAAACACAAGAUGCUUGAAGCACGCGUAAAACAAGCUGUAGUCCUCAAGAAACUCUUGGAUGCUAUCAAGGAACUUGUCUCUGAUGGUAAUCUCGAUUGUACUGAGGAAGGUAUCUCUCUUCAAGCCAUGGACAAUUCCCAUAUCGCUUUGGUCGCCCUAAAGCUUGAAGCUUCCGAAUUUGAUGAAUACAGAUGCGACCGAAACAUGCCACUCGGUGUCAAUCUUGCCUCUUUGACCAAGAUUCUCAAAUGUGCUAAAGAUACUGAUGUUGUCACACUUAAGGCUUCUGACGAUGCCGAUGCACUCAACCUUAUAUUUGAAUCUCCUAAGGAGGAUCGUGUUGGCGAGUACGAAAUGAAGCUAAUGGACAUCGAUCAAGAACACCUUGGCAUCCCCGACACUCAAUACGAUGCCACCGUUUCCAUGUCCUCUGCUGAAUUUGCUCGCAUCUGCCGCGAUCUCGCUGUCCUCGGCGAGUCAGUCAAAAUCGAAUGCUCCAAGGAGGGUGUCACCUUCUCCGCAGACGGUGAAGUUGGGAAGGGUUCUGUUCUUCUCCGUCAAAAUGCUGGUCAGGACAGAAGCAGAGUCAAGGAUGAGAAUGAGAUGGAUGAGGAUGGAAAGUUGGAUAUCAAGCCCAAAACAAAACGGGAAGCCAGACGGGACCCUGACGAGGAUGACGAGGACGGCCAGAGGUCCGACGUUGAUGUGAAGCCGGAUAUUGAGGGCGAGGACGAACUUCAGGACGAAGAAGAGCAAGAAGGAGAGGAGCAGCCCAAGAAGCGAAAGGCGGCUGGCAAGAAGGACAAGGCCAAUAAGCGAGCCAAGAAGGAGGACGUUGAAGAUCCUGGAGUAUCUAUCAUCCUUGAACGACAAGUUUCUCUCACGUUUUCUUUAAAAUACCUCACCAACUUUGCCAAAUCCGCUCCUCUUGCCAGAGAAGUCACUUUGCAUAUGAGUAACGAUGUGCCUCUUCUGGUGCAGUUUGAGUUUGAACAGGGAACAUUGCAAUUCUUUUUGGCGCCGAAGAUUGCGGACGAAUAAGGUUGAUUGUAAUAGUCCCUCUUGGUAUAAACAUUGUGUACAGAUUUCAAUCCCUCAUGCAAACAAAUAAGAUAUCUCGCGUACGGCUUUUUUGGGAUGGUAGGACUGUUAUCACAGAUACCAGUCAGAAGGCUUUUGACAAGGAUCAGUGUGCCGAAAUUCAUUCGCAAAAAUACUCUUCAAAUCGUUGUCAUCAUUGGUCAGAUCAAAUGACAAGGCACCUACAAAGCCAGCCUCCUGAUUUUCGCCAAGGUUUUAAGCUCCACCUCGCCUUACUGAAAAAUUUCUAAUGCUUCGGAAUCGACACUCUUGAUCUCGUUUAAUUUGUCGUCAGAUGGAUGGUGGAACGUCCAUUCUCAUUAACAAAACCACCCAAAAACUGAACAGAGUUCCCAAAAUUAACUUGGUGCAAUUGAAUUAUUUACCCGAAACCCCGCGAAGUCUUUCGUGGGUCAUCACUUGUAUAUAUAUAAUUAUAUAUAUAUCUUCAUUCCGUCUUGUGCCAGACAACCACGCACGCAGUGACCAUCAUGGAGACAGUUAUUUAGUAGUCCCCUUGUCGCCGUCGUGCCCCGUUUUUGCGCGCGGCGGCGGUGACCGCCAACAAUACCGUCGUCGGUCCAUCAUGACUAUCUUCAGUAUUUAACUGAAAUAGAUUACUAAAAUUGAAUAA